AAAAUAUGUAUACUCUCGGACUAAACCUUCUUUUUUGCAAAUUUGCUAUUUUCGGAAAUGUUCAUGGUUUAAUCUAAACUAUAUAUGCGACUUGUGUAAUUGAAUGUGUAUAUUGUUUGCAUGUAUAAGCGAAUAAAACUAGAAUUACAAUCAAUUGAUGAAAAUGUGUUUAUUCUUGCAUGUAAUGUUAUUUCACAUUUCUAGUUAAUUGAACUUCAGAUGACGGAAUCGUGCGACAAAAUUUGAAUUGAAUACUUAUUCUUUUUGGUUGAUUGAUAUAGAAUGGCAUCCAGUGAAAACAACAGUGACGAAGGAGACAUUGCAGCUGAUUAUGAUCACAUAAUACAGAUUGAAUAUCUAAAGGAAAAAUAUCGAGAUGUAAUGUCACAAUUUAAAACCGUGUCUGGAGAAAAGCAAAGACUAGAGCGAGACUUUCAAAUGCUCAAAAAAGAGCUCGAGAAUGGAAAAGGCGAUUUUUUCAGCACUUAUCAUGAAUAUAACAUGUUGAAGCAAAAAUAUGACAAUCUUCGUUUGCGCUACGAUGAGUUCGUUAACGAUCCAAGUCAUUGCAUAAAAUUAUGCGAGGAGCUAAAAAAAGAACGAAAUAAGUAUAAAGAACUUUUGAAAGCUACGGAACUUGAAGUGGAAACCGUAUUAUCUGAAAGAGGUACCGUACUUAAAGAAAAUCAAAAACUUUAUGAUAAGAACGAAAGUUUAGAACGUGAAUUACAAUCAGCAUUGAGAUGUCGCGAUGAAUCCGUAAAAGAGUGCUCCGCAUUACAAGACAAAAUAGACAUUUUGAAAGGGAGAGGAGAAUUUCUCUCACAUCCGAGUGAGUCCAACUGGAACCGAGAACGUACAGAGAGUAAAGAUAAGUUUGAUAUGGUAACUGAGAAUUUAGAAUCAGCGAAUAGAGAAAUUGAAAGGUUAAAAAAAGCACUGGAUAAAGCGAAAGGAGAAAUAACAAAGGCAAUUCAAGAAACUGAAAUUGCGAAAGGAAGAAGGGAUUGGGCGAUAUCUGAACGAGAAAAAAUAGUCCAAGAACGUGACAGCGUCCGUAAUUUGUGUGAUGAGAUACGGAAGGAAAGAGAUACAGCAACUUCGAAAUUAUUGGCAGCAAUCAGAGAUAAAGAUGAAGCGUACAAGGAAAUUGAACAAUUAACAGAACGCCUAGAAGCACAAAACAUAUUGAAAGAUAACAUGAACAAUAACGUAACAACUGGCAAACAAUCUAGCAACCCUGUUGAAAGCAAUUUUCGAAGUUCACGUUACAGCACAGUUAGCUUGGAUUCUAUAUAUGACUUAGAUACAUUUCAACAAUAUACUAUAGAAGUUAUUGAAAUCGACUCAUCGCUUCUCCAAAACAGUAUUUCUGAAUGGGGCUUGACUAUAAGUGAAGAUGUUGAGGAAUAUGAUAAUAAUGCAGCCGUUCAUAUUGGUCCAUACGUCGUUUCAGUAGAACACGAUUCAGUUUUUGCUGGACAAUUAUUACCUAAUGAUAUCAUAUUCCAGAUUAAUAACAUAGAUUGCACUGCGUUUUCGAAACGAAAAAUUUUCAAAGCAAUGAAAGGUAGUCUUCCAACAUGCACGAUAACAAUAAAACGCCCAGAAAAACGUCUUUUACCAAUACAAAUCAAUUUUGUUAAUGGAAACAAAAAUCAUGGUUUACAUUUGGAAACAGGGGUUUAUAUUUCAAAAAUAGACUCUAACUCGUUGGGUGCAAAGGACGGACGACUUUGCGUUGGAGACAGAAUUAUUUCGCUUAACGGUAAACCUAUGGAUUGUGUCAAUAACAUGAAUGAAAUAAAUGCAAUGAUCAAUGAUAUGAGGAACAAUAGUCUUAGCUUGAUUGUUGUCAAAGAUCUGGUAGACUAUACACAUGGAACCUGUCUUUUGAACUUAAAGACGAAACACUUGCGCAGUACCACUAGUUGCACACAAACAGAUAACACGUCGAAUAACCAAGAAAAUAAUCCGAAAGACUCUGUGAAUCGAUUGAGUUUAGAUCUCGACAGCAAUAAUCAUUUCCUUCCAUCUGCUAUGCAUUAUAGUAUGAAUACUACAUCGAGCACACCGAAUUCGAUCAUAGCGAGUACUCCAUCAUCUUCGAAAUCGGCAUCGAAAUUGACCGGAAUGUUCCAGAAGUUGAAAGAUAAGAUGAGCAUCAGCAUUCAUAAAGACUGUCAGGAAAAUGACGCAAUCGCUGUACUUGACUCCGUUUUGGACAGCGACGAUCAAGAAGUGUUAAGUGCUUCAACUUUUACGAAAACCAGGGAGAAAAAGUCGAAAAGAAAAUCCAAAGAUUCUCAAGAAGUUCCUCGGGGAACAUGGCCUCGUGUCACAAUGACGGUGCAUACAAAUGAAAGCCAUGUCGGUACGAUUGUACACCGGACGAAAAAAGAGCGUCCAAAGUUGAGUAUUCCUUUCGAUAACAAAGAGAGUAAUACAUUUUUCACCACAUCUGGUUCCAAUGAUUGUAAUCCAUUAUCACCUCAAUCUGCAAAUAACAAUCCCGGUAUGAGCAUGGCAAGCUUCACUAGCAUUAACAAACGUAAUUCGAAUCCGGUAUCAAAAAUUGAUAUCAAUCGUACCCUACAAUCUUCAAAACAUAGCUAUGAUAUGAAUAUACAGAAAUCGAAUUUAUGUCCUGGGAGCAAAAGUUCUUAUUCUAGAACAUCGACAUACGACCCACGUAAUAACCACAAUAAUUUAAAUGUCAAUCGACACAGUUUGAAUCUUUCCUCCUUCAAUAGACAACAAAUUGAGCUUCAGCAGGCACAACAGAGCUUAAUUGAUUUUAUGCCGGUUAAAGUGAAUAAUUCGGCAGAUUCCUCAAUACCAUUUCCCAAAAGUCCAAUAGGACAUAAUUAUGCAAUCAAGACCAUGCCAAAAGAUCGCUUUGAUGUGUAUAUGCCUUCCAAAACUUCGAAACAUCUUUCAAAAUAUUCGAGUGACACUGAAAGUAUUGAUAUGGAGAAUUCCCCACUAACAAUGACAAACAAUGCAAAUACUUUACCUCAUUCACACAUGAGGAAACAAUCAUUAGGUAACGCUAGUAAUGCAUCGUCUUCAAAUCGACCAGUCGCAGCCACUAGUGUUGGAAAUUCCAACUUUCCAGUUGGCUACAGUUCCAUAUUUCCUGGGAUUCAAACGCUACCAUCGAAUGUAUACUCACACACCCUAUCAUCGACACGUCCGUCUGGGAAUAUAAUUCCUUCCGGAGAGUUCCCUGGGCAUCCACCGAUAUCUCACCAUUCACAUGGUUCAUCAAUAGAUUAUUCAUAUAAUCGAUACAGUCAAAUUCAAUCUUCAAAAGAAGAAGUCCCCUCAGGAUUAAUAACCCAUAGCUAUGAAGGAGGAACUUUUCCUCGCAAUAAAGUUCAUCAAGGAUAUCGCAUUCCAUCCAAUCAAAGUGUCACUAGUCGUGGAAGUGGAAUUAAGAUAAGCAAUGGUUCAAUCGAUUAUUGCAGUUCAGAAAGAGCAUCACCCAUCCCCACAUUUCAAGUGCAAGUAUUAGAACCUGGCAGAAUAUGUACAGCGAAUAAACGAAGUUCACUUCAGGAUUACAAUGUGCGAACAAAACCCAACAUUGGUGAACUACGGUACGUACACAUAGACAAGAGUGAAAUGUCAUUAGGUAUUAAAAUAUUUUGCCGCGGGAAUGGUGGGGGAGUAUUCGUUUCUAACGUCGGUGAGAAUAGUCUUGCCAGCAAGGUUGGACUUCACAUUGGUGAUCAAUUAUUGGAAGUAUGUGGUAUUAAUUUGAGGAAAGCGACGUAUGAGCUAGCUGCACAUGUUUUACGACAAUGUGGGAACUCCAUCACAAUGCUUGUGUUAUAUAAUCCGGAAAUUUACAAUAAUCUCACAACUAGCGAGGAUAAUAUCGAACGAUCAAGCUCACCUACACCACAGAAUUCACCUCGUGCAAUAGGAAGAUCUAUUAUUUCACCGGUUAAUUCGACGACCGUUAAUGCGAAUUCAACAAUUGCUCAAAAGACAAUGUCGAAUAAAGAUAGCCACCAACAAACAGGAACGAAUUCGUCGCAAAAUUGUCAGUAUAAGGAACAACCCAGACUAAUAUUCAUUGAGACAAGAAAAAGCUCUAAUCUUGGUAUAAGUCUCGUUGGAGGCAAUGCAUGUGGUAUAUUCGUUCAUGGAGUGCAGAAAGAUUCGAUAGCCGAUAAUGCCGGUCUACGAGUAGGGGAUCAGAUUCUAGAAUUCAAUGCUGCAGAUUUGCGAAGAUCAACAGCUGAGCAUGCAGCAUUGGAGAUAGCGAAACCAGCAGAUAAUGUGACAGUUCUCGUGCUCUAUAACAUUCUGAGAUUCAACCAGAUAAAGGAUAAACCUGGGGACGCAUUAUAUAUACGUGUUGGAUUCGACAGAAAUUGCGAUCUCGGGGAUUCCGAGUUAUCAUUCAACAAAGAUGAGGUGUUGUAUGUUGAUAAUACUAUGUUUGGAGGUGUACCAGGACGCUGGCGUGCCUGGAAAUUGGAUGAAUAUGGGCAUAAACUGCAGUGUGGGAUAAUUCCCAAUAAACUUAAAGUUGAAGAAGAGUUAAGAUUGUUGGGUGAUCUACAGGAUGUUGAGGCAACUACUAGAAGAGGUUCGACUUCUGCGAGACGUUCAUUCUUCAAAAGAAUUAAACCUCAACGAAGUUCUUCUAGAGAUUCAAAAGAGCUAGCUAGCUUCAGCAAUACACAUCUUAGUCUUUAUGUGGAUUCAGGUUCUCUGAAUGAUGAUGGACUAACCAGUUAUCAAAGAGUCGAAAGAUUAGAAUACAAAUAUCGCCCUGUGUUAGUAUUGGGACCAUUAUCAGAAUGUGUUAUUGAAAAACUUUGUAUUGAUUUCCCUGAACAUUUUCAUCGUUGUCAGCAAAACCAAAUGCGCUGCACGAAAGAAGAUAUGGAAAGUGGUGUUCAGAACAAUGCUAUUGCAGAUUAUCGACGCAGAGGCAGCAUAUUCGAAUACACAUCUGUACAAGCAAUUCUUGAUAAUAAGCAACAUCAUUGUAUUUUGGAUGUGUGUAUUUCUGCUGUCGAGCGUCUACAGCGCAAUCAAAUCUAUCCUAUUGUUUUAUUAUUGCGAUUUAAAACAGCAAAACAAAUAAAAGAAAUAAAGGAUUCUCGUUAUUCAGCUGACAAAAUUUCUGCAAAGGCAGCUAAGGAAAUGUAUGAACAUGCUUUGAAGCUAGAGUCUGACUAUAGGCAGUAUAUUUCUGUUGUAAUUUCCGGUGUAAAUAUUGCACACAUGUGUACUCAGAUAAAAGCAGCGGUCGACAGCGAGCAGAAGAAAAUUUUGUGGGUUCCAAUUUCAACAAACUUAUGAUAAUCAAACGUUAUUAUCUCGUUUACAAAUAAUAUAGACUCUAUAUAUGACCUAUACAAUUUCUGAAAUGAAGAAUUUUACAUAGAAUAUUCAUUGGUUAUGAAUACUUCAACAAAAUUACAAUUGUUGGUAGGGUUUGUAAAAAUUGCCAUUCAACAAGAAAAUUGAAUCAUCAAUCAACGAUACAUCUUGCCUUGUCUGAAUAAUAUUUAGUUAAUAAACAUUUGUAGACUUCCUCAAAGAUAGCAUUCACUUACAAAGUGUGCAAGAGCUACGGAUAGUCUUAGAGAAUAGAAUAUGGUAUAUAUAAUGCAUGUUAAUUAUUUUCAUAUGAACUGUACUAUUUUUACAAUAUAUGUUACAUUAUAUUUUCUUAAA